GUUAAACAUGUGUAAAUGUUGAACCUUUUGCAGUUCAUGGAGCAAAGUUGCGAAGAGCGACGAAUGACCGACGUGUGCUGGCCCGCUAAUGCACUCGCCGAAAUAAUGUACAGCAAUAAAAGACACCGAAACAUCAACUGCAGUCGUCAUUCAACGAGCUUUGCAUGGACAGUGACUACAGUCGUUAUUCGGCUGCAGCAGGUGUUCCGUGGACAACGAAUCCGAAAAAAAGAUCUCAUAUCCGCGCACAUGGGGAAAAAGUGUGGCGCCGAACAGACCAAUCCGACCGGUUCGUUCGUCCUCGAGCCUCCGUCGAGCGUUUCGAUUAUUAGCGUGCUGUCGCCAUCGGGGCUCAGUGGCAGAGCACCAGCCGUGCGAGGACCGUCGAUCGUGUCGAUUGUGAGCAUCCAAUAUACGUCGCACCUGCGAGUGGAAAGGUCCGUGCGUGUCCUUGGGGAACACUUUGAGAGCGAAGAGACAGCGCAGAGAUCGAAGAUUAGCAGGUGAAAAUUCCGAGGGCUACUUCUACGCGAACAACGAGAU